AUGAACUGCACUCCCAAUGCCACCAUCAAUCCACAGCUGGGACUUGUCCUGAGCCCAGAGGCUGGAGGUCGGGGUAGUGGCGGAGGAACUGGGCUUGGAGAGAGUGGUGGUGGAGCGGGUGGGGGCGUUUGGGUGAUGUCCCUUCUUGGUGCUACACUAUUGAUCAUGUGUGCCAUGGGUGUGGCAGGCAAUAUGUACACGCUUGUCAUCACACGCUCGGCAGCACUGCGCCGUACAGGCUCCAUGUAUGUGUACAUCGUCAACCUGGCCCUGGCUGACCUGCUCUACCUUUCCACCAUUCCAUUUGUGGUCUGCACCUACUUUGCUCACGACUGGCUGUUUGGUGAAGCAGGCUGCCGCAUCCUUCUAAGUCUCGACCUGCUCACCAUGCAUGCCAGUGUCUUCGUUUUGGUUGCUAUGAGCCUUGAACGUUACCGUGCUGUGGCCAGGCCCUUCAUUGCCCGUAGGUCCUCGUCCCGCAAACGCAGGCUGGCGGCGGGGAUUAUCUGGGGGGCUGCAUUUGUGCUGACACUGCCCAUGAUGGUGAUGAUCCGACUAAGGGAGGGUAAACCUAAUGCAGCAGGCAUGGUUAAGAGGAUCUGCUUCCCUACCUGGACACCCGAGGCCUUCAAAGUUUAUAUCUCUGUCCUGUUUCUCACCAGCGUUUUGGUGCCUGGAUUGGUAAUUGUUGGGUUGUAUGUGGGGUUAGCAAGGCGUUACUGGGCAGCACAGACCAGUUUGGGAGGUCGCAGCCGCUCUGCUCAGAGGAGAGGGCUCAAACAGAAAGUGGUGUCAAUGAUUUUUAGUAUUGUUGUGGCUUACUGGGCCUGUUUCUUACCUUUCUGGGGAUGGCAGCUGGCAAAACUGUUCUCUCCGGAGUCCCUCAAGGCUCUGUCUCAGGCCACUCACAAUUAUGUAAAUUUCUUUGUCACGUGUCUGACUUACGGGAAUAGCUGUGUUAAUCCUUUACUGUACACUCUUCUGACCCGGAACUACAAAGACUACUUGGCCCAGAAAGGUCAGUCCACAGGGUCAAGCAGGGUUGACCCGGGGUCAGCUUCAAGCAUACCCCUACAGGACCUUUAA